CUAACAAACUGUUUGGAGAUUUUCUGAUCUUGAAGAAAUAAGCGCGUUUGUGCAAUGCGGUGCAGUUUUAGUGCAAGGGUUUUGGAGGAAAAACAGCUGAUGAGCAGCUCUGGGAAGCUGCAUGAUUACAGCAUUAGCUGUGUGUGUGUGUUUAGAAAGGCCUGGACUCGGUCUUUCAGCUUAUUUCCAGUUGAGAAUUAUUGAUUAUUGAUUGUCGAUGGCGCAGUUACACUCAGAGCUCACACAUGUCUGCGCUUAAAUGUUUUAAUUUUUAGUUGUCAUAAAGUGACGUCAUAGUUUAACGCUAACUGGUCAGUCAUAAUACAAUUACGACGCACUAAAUUGUUGUUUUUAGGGCGGUUACUGUAGCAAGCUUGAAUUAAUUCCAAUUUUUAAUCUUUGUUUCUUGGCUUGUAUAAUGUUUUAUGAUGAUAUGUUGUAAGUUUUUAAGGAAACUUUGGUAUCUCGGAAAAGUUAAGAAUAAGAAAGUGACCUUUCCGGUUGAUCAGUGUGUUAUCGCGAUAUUUGGUGCGUUUUAUCCGGCGAUAUCAUGAAGUAUCGCGAGACUUGAGCUGUCUCUAUAAUAGCAGGUGGUUCCAUGAUUCUUCUCGACUCUGUUCAGUUGUAAAUCAGGCUUUGUGUUGAAAUAAAGGAUAAAGAGAGUCUUAAUACCUCUUUUGAAUAAUUCAAUGCUAAAAUAACCUUCAGUAAGCUCAGAUUAAAGAGGUUUAUUUGAGCUUGAUGGGGCCCAAAAUCAACUCUUUCUUAUUAGAUGCUGGAAUGGAGCGUAAAUUUGAUCUGUAGAAAUAAACCUGUAUGAAGUCCACAGGAUUUAAAAAAAAAAAAAAAAUACAGACUAAGAAAAAGUGAAUACUUAUUCGACUUUAUUUUUCAAGGAAAAAAGUGCAGGAUGUUUUUCAGAACCCAGAGGAUUCUUAAACUAAUACUUUGUUGAAGCACCUUUUGAUUCAGGUUCACACCUGCAAUUAAAAUGACUCUGAUUCACCCCAAAUAAAGUUCAGACGUUUACUUAGUUGCAUCCUCUAGCAAAAGCCAGCGUUCACGGAGAGCUUACAAAGCGUCAUUGUUGAAAGGUAUCAGUCAGGAGAAGGGGACAGAAACAUUUCCACAGCAUUAGAUUUGCCGUGGAGCACAGCGAAGACCGUUAUCAAGAACCGGGACAACAGUGACAUUACCGGGAACUGGACGUCCCUCCAAAAUCGAUGAAAACUGGUCAGGGAGGCUGCCGAGAGGGCCGACAGCAACACUGAAGGAGCUGCAGGAAUUUCUGCUCUGAAGCUUGUUUUCCGCUCGGGGACAUGUCAGAAAGCUCGAGUGACACCGAGUCCUCAUGCGGAUGGACUGUCAUCAGUAACGAGGGCUCGGACAUCGAGACUCUGGGACCCGACAUCGGGGUGGAUUACGAUCCAGACGAGGCAGCCAGAGCUCCUGCACCGGAGCAGCCCGCUUCUUUACGAGCUGAGGAUGACGAGGCGGUGGAACAAUCCUCCUUGGACGUCACGAUUAAAGAGGACGAGACGGUUCUGGAAGCCGAGCCUGAACAACAGGCAGGAAAGGAGGGAGCUCUCGAGGACCACUCGCAUCUCGGCUCCUCCAGCGAUCACUCCGACAUCGUCACCCUCGGCGACUCCAAGGAGGUGGAGCUGGGGGUGUGGGAGGAGCCUGUCGCCAGGGAGGACGAGGAAACGGGAAACGAGGAGCUCUACCUGGGGACGUCGUCAAGCAGCCAGUACACCUUCAGCGCUGCAGAGACAAUUUUCCCAGCGGAAUGCACCGUGCGCAGAGGCUCCACCAGCACCGAGGACGAGGACGCGGAGGCAAAGGCCGUCCCAGGGGUGGUUCGGAGGCGCAGGCUGAGGAGGAACACGCUUGGCUCGGAGCAGGACGAGGAGAGGAAGGAGAAAGAUGAGGAUGAAGGUGAUGGUCAGGAGGAGGAGGAGGAGGACGGGGUGGAGGCUGAGGAGCAGAGAGAAGCUCGUGUUCAGCGUCAGAACAGCGGAACUCUGAACAAGUGCAUCGUCCUCGCCCUCAUCAUAGCCAUCAGCAUGGGGUUCGGUCAUUUCUACGGCACGGUGCAGGUCCAGGAGAGACAGCGUCUGGUGGAGAAGAUUCGCGUGAACGACGUUAGCAAGGAUGUGGUUGAGAGUCUGAAGGAUGAUCUAGAGGAGAAACAAGACAUGGUGAUGUUCCUAACAGACAUUAUGGAUAAGAUUACCAAAGAGAAUCAGCAUCUCAGAGCCAGAGAGGCUGAACUGCAGGCUCAGAGACAGGAUUUACUCACACAGUUUCAGCAAGCCAAGAGUGAGAUGGAUUCUCGUCAGAAGCACCUUGCCUCAGAGAAUCGGGCACUGAAGAGUACUCUGGAACGAGAGGAGGCAUCUCUCUUGGCCCUGCAGGAUGAACUUCGGCGUCUAAGGUCUCAGAUCCGUGAGCUCGAGGAGAAAGGAGCUGGCGCUGACUCGGUCCUCUCUGAGAACCAGCGCUUAAAGGACCACCUCCUGGAGGAAAAGCAGAGGAUCCGGAGCUACCUCAGCCAGAAGGAGGCACUGAUGGCAGAGGCUCAGAUGCUUCGGAAGGAGCUUGAUAAGGAGAGGAAAGUGACCGAUAAGCUGAGGGAGGAGCUGGAAGAGCUGAGCCAGCGAGAUACCGGGAUGCAAGGGGAAGGAGAAGUUGAUACUGAAACUGAGGAACUCCAGGCUCGACUACAGGAACUGGAGAAGAAGCUGAGCUUUGAGCAGCAGCGUUCUGACCUGUGGGAGCGACUGUAUGUGGAAUCGAAGGAAGACCGAGCCAAAGGGGACACUCAACCAAAGACCAGGAAGUCCAAAGAAGGCAUGCUCGGGAAGGUCAAGGAGACGUUUGAUGCAGUGAAGAACUCAACCAAGGAGUUCGUUCACCACCACAAGGAACAGAUCAAGAAAGCCAAGGAAGCCGUCAAGGAGAACCUUAGGAAGUUUUCAGACUCUGUCAAAUCCACAUUUAGGCAUUUGAAGGACUCCACAUCAAACGUGUUCGAGAGAAUCCGAAGGCCACAGGACAAAAGAGCAAAUGAGAGAAAGGACGCAAAAACAGAGGAGCAAGAAUCUCGGGAAGAAAGCUUCAAAGAAUACCACAACAUGCGUUCAGAGAAAGAACACUGGCAACACCACCGGCCCCUGCACCAACAUCCUCGCAAAUCCACAGUGGACCCCUCCUUCCAGGCGGACCACACCACACGCAAACCAGGUGCCCAGAAGCAGCAAAGAACUACGGGAUGCAAGAUUGUGCCUAAAGGAUGCACUGGUGUCUUUGACUGUGCCUACCAAGAAUCCAUGAGCCUCUUCAACAAGGCCAUGGAGCCCAUUAGAGCAGACGAGUUCCACCAGCUCCUGCGCAGCUACCUGCAGCAGGAAGUGGGUCAUUUCCAUCACUGGAGGGAACUCGACAGCUUCAUCAACAGCUUCUUCCAGAACGGACUCUUUAUUCAUGAUCAGAUGCUGUUCACGGACUUUGUCAACGGAGUAGAAGACUACCUGGUGGACAUAGACGAGUACCAGGAUGAGGACGAGGAUGUUUUUGAGGAUCUGGAUGAUUACAUAUACAAGCACUUCUUCGGAGAUACUUACUCAGAACAGAAUGGUCCAAGCCGACCCUUUGAAGGCCCCGGGUUAAAGGUCAAACCAAAGCGGGAGUGCCAACAGCAGCAGCGGAAGCACCAGCAUUCACGCCCUCCGCCUCCUCGAGACAGGAAGUGGGCCCGGUCGGGGCGCAGCUCUGACAGACACUUCACCGAGGUUAAAAUAGAGCUCGGGCCUAUGCCGUUUGAUCCAAAAUACUAGCAAAUGUUUCCGGUGGUAGUAGUAGUUUCUCUGGUAGCUCUUAGAUUUGAAAGUAUGGUGUAUUCAGCUCAUGUCACGUUUUGAACAUGACGCCAACAAAUCGUACAACGUUGUUAAAGAAGAGAAAGCACCAACAUGUGAGAAAAUUCUGACGUGAGAUGAACACACUGAUUUAACGAACGCGUCGCUUCCUGGUGUGAUUUUGCACAAAUCUAAAUUGAAUGUUUUCUCGUUGUGUGCGCUAAUCUGUGGCUAGGUUUCGGUGGAGUCAAUAGGCAAGCACAGACGUUAAUUAGUUCCAGCUGUAAAAGAAUUAUAUACAUAGUGAUCUAUGAAACAAAACUUUUGAGAAAUGCACUUAAAGUAAGUUAAGCACUGUGUUGGUAAAAGUUUAUUUGUAUUAAAAAGACUAAUUAAUUUAAUUGCACAAAUUGUAAUUAAUCUGUCGUAGGACCAAAUAAUUAAGUCUGAUCUACUGAGCUUUCAGCUGAAGUACAUUGAACUGUGUGUGUCGGCAUGUAGCUUGUUAUUCAUUAAGUAACUUUAUUGCUGCUGAACACUCGAUCGUGCAACACGGAGCAGAAUGUUUUUCCAUCCUGGGUGUGUGUGGUGUGUUUCUCCUUUAGGUAUUGUUACGUCAUGCUGGAUAGGUUACAUUCCAGUUCAACCCCCCCGUUUUGUUUGCCGUUUUUGCAUUUCAGGAAAAAAAAAAAAAAAAAAAUCCACAAUAAAAAUUUAUUUUGCUUGA